AAGCAGCACGAUGGCACCACUGUCGUACUUGGAAUUGCUGGGUAUUUUCUGCCUGUUAGCAGCCAUCCACGGGAGUGAAAGCAAAGCGUUCAAUGAGUUUCCAGAAGGUUUCCUGCUUGGAGCCGCCACUUCAGCCUACCAGGUAGAGGGCGCCUGGAACGAAGAUGGCAAAGGAGAGAGCAUCUGGGACCACAUGCUCCACAAACAUCCAGAGUACGGCCACAAAGGGGAGAACGGAGACGUGACCUGUGAUUCGUACCAUCAUUAUGCUGAGGACGUACAGGCCCUCAAGGAUUUGGGGGCUAAAGUAUACCGCUUCUCCAUCUCUUGGUCUCGUAUACUGCCUAACGGGGACAUAGACGUGAUCAACCAGGCGGGGAUUGACUACUACAACAACCUCAUCAACCUGCUACUGGAAAAUGACAUUCAACCGAUGGUGACGAUGUACCACUGGGACCUGCCGCAAGCCCUGCAGUACAUAGGGGGCUGGCCCAACCCCAUCCUAGCGGACUACUUCCUCGAGUACGCCAGGGUGCUCUUUGACAACUUCGGUGACAGGGUGAAGAUGUGGCUGACAUUCAACGAGCCUUUCGAGUUAAUGAAAGGCUACGCUACCACAGGCGGUCAAGCUCCGUCGCAGGAAGCUUCUGGCAUCGGCGACUACCUGGCAGCACACACCGUCAUCAGAGCGCACGCCAUGGUCUACCGCCUCUACGACGAGCAGUACCGCUCCACGCAGAACGGCAAAGUCGGUAUCACACUAAACUGUGACUGGUUCGAACCAUACGAUGAACUGGAGGAAUCCCUGGAGGCUCAGGAACGUGUAAUUCAGUUCCAGCUCGGCCUGUUCGCGAACCCUAUCUACGUGGACGGCGACUACCCGGCCGUGGUGCGGGAGCGUGUGGACAACAACAGCAGAGCCGAGGGGCGACCAAGGUCACGCCUGCCCAGCUUUACUGAGGAAGAGAAGCGGAUGAUCAAUGGUUCUUCUGAUUUCUUUGGACUGAAUUCAUACUCAACAAGUCUCGUGAAGUCUGCAGUCGUGGGUGGCUCACCAUCAUUGGAACGCGACUCUGGUGUUCAGCGAAUAAUCAACUUUACUUGGCCUGGCAGUAGCUUAAUAUGGCUCAGGGUUGUGCCAUGGGGUUUCCGUAAUAUUGUUAACUGGGUGUCAUCGAGAUAUCCGAACUACCCUAUUUUCAUCACGGAGAACGGCUAUCCCGAUUUUGGGGGACUCGAAGAUGAAACACGUAUCAGUUAUUACGGGCAAUACUUGGCAGAAUUACUGAAAGCUAUCAAUGAAGAUGGGGCCAAUGUAAUUGGAUAUACAACUUGGAGCCUUCUCGACAACUUGGAGUGGAAUUCUGGUUUCAGACCGAAGUUCGGCGUCUACCACGUGGAUUUCAACAGCACUGAGAGAACAAGGACGCCAAAGGCUUCAGCAAGCUUCCUAUAUGGCAUCUAUAGCAACAUGAGUGUACCAGAAGAAUACUUUACGUAAUUUCGUAAUAAAACAACAGUCUAUGGCAAUUUUAAUAUGAAUAUCGAUAUGUGUACGUGAAAUAAUAACAUGCAAGACCAAGACGACAGGUAUCUUGUAUGUUAAAGCUGUCGACAAUAACAUGCCAUAUUGAUAGUCCUUGUCACAAUAUAGGUUUCGCCAAUAAAACAGUACUAUUAAUCCAUAUAGAA